AUGCAGAUCAUCACGGAGACUUCUAGGGAAAAACGGAGAUUGAGGGUUGCGUCUGGUUGCGAUUUGGCUCGCUACGUGUUUGGCUCGCUACGUGUCCUCUGGUAUUUUCUGGCUCAGAACAGUUCUGGAACGCGGCCGUUAUUCCUGGGGCUGUCGAGAUGCAGCUGCUUUUCGCCUGGAGUAAACAAAAUUUCUUUUGCGCCUUUAAAUAAUAGCCCCUGGAGGCUAAGUCGUCGUGAAAGGCCCGCUUUACGUUAUCUGCGAAAAGACGGAAAGCUGUCAGGAGUUAAUCGCGAUCAUGACUCCCGCGUCAGGAGGGAUGAGUUCUGUGCAGCCUGGUCUCUGCCGGUGGGACGGAUGUUGAGCGUUUCUCGAUUGCUAGGUGCUUUCAAAAACCAAAAACAGGUGACCAGAAGUUUUGGUAGUGCUGUACAAACAGUAACUUUAAUCCCAGGAGAUGGCAUAGGACCGGAAAUUUCUGAUGCUGUCAUGAAGAUCUUUGAUGCUGCCAAAGCUCCUAUUCAGUGGGAAGAGAGGAAUGUUACAGCCAUUCAAGGACCAGGAGGGAAGUGGAUGAUACCUCCAGAUGCCAAAGAAUCCAUGGAUAAAAACAAAAUGGGACUAAAAGGGCCUUUAAAGACCCCAAUUGCUGCAGGGCACCCAUCAAUGAAUCUGCUUCUGCGUAAAACCUUUGACCUUUAUGCAAACGUACGUCCCUGUGUCUCAAUUGAAGGGUACAAAACCCCCUAUACAGAUGUGAACAUCGUCACAAUUCGGGAGAACACAGAAGGCGAAUACAGCGGAAUUGAGCAUGUGAUUGUUGAAGGUGUUGUGCAAAGUAUCAAGCUGAUCACAGAAGCAGCUAGCAAACGUAUUGCAGAAUUUGCUUUUGAGUAUGCCAGAAAUAAUCAGAGAAGUCACGUUACUGCUGUGCACAAGGCAAAUAUUAUGAGAAUGUCUGAUGGGCUUUUUUUGAGAAAAUGUAGGGAGGCAGCAGAAAACUGUAAAGACAUUAAAUUUAAUGAAAUGUAUCUGGAUACUGUGUGUCUGAAUAUGGUUCAGGAUCCAUCACAAUUUGAUGUGCUUGUUAUGCCCAACUUGUAUGGUGACAUCCUCAGUGACUUGUGUGCUGGACUGAUUGGUGGUCUUGGAGUAACACCGAGUGGAAAUAUUGGUGCUAACGGAGUUGCCAUUUUUGAAUCGGUUCAUGGAACGGCACCAGACAUUGCAGGAAAAGACUUGGCAAAUCCAACUGCCCUUCUUCUGAGCGCUGUAAUGAUGCUGCGUCACAUGGGACUACACAAACACGCCACAAAAAUUGAGACAGCUUGCUUUGAUACAAUUAAAGAUGGAAAGGUCUUGACAAAAGACUUGGGAGGUAAUGCCAAAUGUUCGGAAUUCACAGAGGAGAUCUGCCGCAGAGUACGGGACACAGACUAAGCUCUUCUCAUACUACUUGUAAUAACUCCAGAAGGACACAUCACACAAAGUACAUUAUAUGUAACCUGAUAUCCAUAUGCAUAGAGUUUGCUUGUCUCUUAAGAGAGCAAACUUUUUACUUAGGGCCUCUCCAUUAAUAAAUUUAGCCCGGAUGGC